AACCAGGAGAAGAGACAUUUCAUAUCAGUUCUCGUCGAAAGAUGAAGCCAACUAAAGGUUCAGUCGAACUAUCUUUGCUCGUAGUUUUGGGAGUUUUCCUUGUAAACGCCCAACCAGGAGAGAAAUGUUCCACUCGAAUUGCGGAGCUUUACCCACGACAAAUGCUGGACUUGGACCAGAUGGUUGGAGAGUGGAUGGGAAUCCAAAUGGCUUGGAGAGAUAGUUCUCUAGUGACACCACAAUGGGCAAAAUGUGCAAGCCAAUUUUUUUCCAGGCAAAACGACUCCAUAAAUCUCAACAUUAUUCUAAAGUAUGAUCUCACUACAACCGGGAAACAUGUAGAACGCGUUGGACAAAUUGACAUCGGAGAACAUCCGUCUCAUUCCCAUUGGAGAAAAUGGUUUUAUGAAGAUCCGAGUCGAUGGUGGGAGGAGGUUGUGAUUGCAACAGAUUACAAGAACUACUGGAUCCAGUACGAGUGCGAAAUAAAUAAUGAUGGGAUUCGUGUCGAGACCGUUGUGAUGAGGGCAAGAACGAGAACGAUUACACAAACGGAGAAAGAAAUCUAUGAAAGCAUUGUUGAGGGCUUGGGCUUCCCUCCUGCCAAUUUUGUAGGCGUUCCUCAACCUAUCAAUUGUGGUCAUGCAAAUAGUACCACUGGUAAGGUCGAAGCAAAAAAGCCACUUUGGUGGACACCAGAUUUUUAUUAAAUUUAUUUAACAUGAUGAGAUUGACUU